ACGUCAAUACAAACAAGAAGUGUAGUGUCGAGAACGUCACGUAUAUGUAUAGCUUAGGAUGAUAGCGCCAGCCAGUAGUGCUCCGCUCAGUUUGCGUACACUGCUUGUGUAAUUCGAGGCCGAUUGUGAAUGCAAUCCAUACUAUAGUUUAUUAUUGCCGCGAGUUUUAAUUAUGACUGAUUUGAGUGAUGUCCCUUUAGGAUUUAAAAUCAUUUUUAACUCAGUAAGUUAACGUUUCGAAACGUUUUAAUUAACUGUGCCUGUUUAAAUCUACAGUAAAUAUGAAAAGUUUAAUUAGUGUUCGUCCACGUAAAUGAUAAAAAUGUGCGGAUUGUUGUCCAUGUUGUUUUGGUUCACUCGAGUGCCGGGAUAAGAGGUAGUCUGUUCGGAACGUUAGACAAGUGCAAUUCUUAUUUUAAGUACCCACAGCGCUUAUGCAGAAUCAUUAAAUGAAUUUUAUUAACUGCCAACUAUUCAAAAUGCCUUCGUAUAAUCAAGAAAUUAAUGUGGAUUUGAAUUCCAAUGAAAAUGGUGCCUUAAAGACUGAUGCCAAAGACGGCAAAAUCGAUGAGAGUCGGUAUGUGUCAACCGAACAAGUAGCGAAUAGUACACCGAUGGGACUUAACGCUGAUCAGAGGCUUGCUUUUGCUUUAAGAGAUUUUUUAACACCACCCAGCAUAGCUCUUAGUGAUGGAGAGCCUUCUCCUUCAGCCCUGGGUCAGACGCUGCCCUUCAUAGAUGAGCAAAUCGACGGAGAAGAAGCUACGCAAUCCGAAGAAGAGCCACCACAAUGUCGUGAUACUGACGACGUGCUGAAUAACGCUGCCUGCCGCCUGAGGCGGUGGCGUGCAGCCUCUCGGAAGCUGCGCCGGCCACGGAUCAUUAAUAACCUGAGCACCAAAGAUGAGAAGGAAGGCAACGUCAGCAACUGCAACGGCGGGCACACGGACCUGGCGGACCGGCUGCGCAGCCUGGCCGCUGCGGGCAGCAUGUCGGCGUCGGCGGGCGAGCUGCUGUCGCUGGCGCCGCCGCCGCCGGCCGCCACCGCGCCGCCCUCUCCGGGCUGUCUGCUCUCACCCUCACUGGCCGACCAGAGCUCCGCUGAAUAUUUCGGUUCUAGUCCGGAGUGCUGUGCUGGCUCAGCCGGGCUGGACUCCAGCAGCACCGGCACCCCAGCCCCGCCUCCCGGGCCUCGCUACAAACUGGCCACGGAGGGCUCCCUCCGAGUCUGCUGCUUCCAACACACCAGGACCGUCGUCGACAAAAUCCUGGCUGCAAAGUUCCUCAGGCGGUGGGAAACCCACGUACUAUGCCUCGAAGAACAACAUAUUAUAUCUAAAACGCCUUCCGGGCUUUUGGAGAACCCUCUCUCAUACAGCUGCAUGCAGGAGGUGUAUUGCAUAUCUCGUUGGGAUCCAGCCAGAAAGUACUGCCUCCGAAUAGUCAUGCCGCAUGGAUCACUGCUUCUGCAGGCAAACGACGCCUAUACUCGGGACCAAUGGUAUCACUCCAUUAUGUGGAGGAAAAACAUGAUACGCUACAGAAAUUUCCUUACAAAGACUGUCAGAAAAGAAGUAGUUAUAAAGGAGCUUAAGAAUAUGGUGGACUUCGUUAUGACCACACCCUUACAAGACGAGAGUGUGACCCGCGCUCCCAUGCAGAUCCUCACCGACUUGCUCUCUGAGAAAAGAGAAAGUGAUGAUUGGGAGGAGUGGGCAGAGAAUGCAACGAGUGCAGCGGCGCCGUUGCUGGCGGAGCGGUGCGCGACGGGCGAGCUGUGUGCGCUGCUGGCGCGGCUGUGUCGGCGGCGCCCGCGCGCGGCCCCGCUGCCCGCACUCGCGCCACCCGUGCGACGAGUGCUCACGCGCAACGUUGACUUCGCUAGAGCCCCUAACGCAAGGCGACUUGUUAGAGAUUAUAUCAGUGCCCUGAGCGCACACAACUCGGGCAGGUCGUUGGUGCGGCGCUUCGUGGAGGUGACUCACGGCAGCCGCGCGUCGUGCCCGUACCCGCGCGCCGCCCCCAACCUGGCCGCGGUCGCGCUCGCCGCCCUCGACGACCACUACCGCAACGCCGCCUCUCCACACGUCUGCGAUGACGCUGAAGAUGAAGUCCUCUGCUUCGCUGAUAUUCUUGCACACAUGUGCGAAUAUGAAGAUUGGCUGGUGGUGGUCGGAGCUAUUCUACAGCCGGUACCGCUGUGCGCAGGUGCGCUGAGCUGCCCCCGCGUGUCGGCGCGGCUGGGCGGGCUGCUGAAGGCGCUGGCGCACGACCCGCGCUGCGCCGCCCACGCCUGCGUGGCGCCCGCGCGGGCCGCCAGGCUCUGCCCACCCUCUUGGCUCCGAGCAGCCGCACCCUCAGAGCCUAUGUUAGCCCUACCACAUGAGGACCUGUGCUUAAUUUGGGGAGAUAUGCUAGGAAGUCUUCUUAACUGUUGCUGUAAAAGAAAAAGCUUUUUGCAAAGUAUGAGCAAGCAACUGCCCGAUUUGGUUUUAGUGGCUUUAACUGCACACCCUGCAGCUAUAGAGGCUCUCUGUUUGUUUUUGGAAUGGGAAAUAACCAAUGGAGAACAAACACAGUUAGAAAUUAUAGCUGCACUGCAAGGAUCUGAACUAGGGCAGAAAUAUUAUAAAGAUUUGUGUGAGAGGCAGCAGAAUCUACAAAGAUUGCAAGCGGAGGGCGGUCCACGCCGCCUGGCGCUGCCGGUGCGUGCGACUGACGCGGACGUCGCGGCGCUACUGGACGCGGGCGCCCUCGGCAACCUAGAGUGCCUCUCUCUUGCCUUCACCAGCGUCACCAGCGCCUGCGCACAUCAUCUCAUUAAGCUUCCAUCGUUGCGCUACCUAAACCUUUGGGCGACCAAGUUCGGAGACAGUGGUGUGCAGCUGAUUGCCGAGCACCUUCCGAAGCUCCAGGUUCUUAACCUAUGCGAAACACCCGUCUCCGAUAAAGGCAUAGAGGCUUUAUCAGGCCUCUCAAAUCUGCGUCGCCUCAACCUAAAUAGCACGAAAUUAUCGGCGGAGGCGUUUGAGAUUCUCCGUCAGCGUCUUCCUCACUUGCAGGAGUACGACAUAAGGUACACGGAGGCCUGGUGACAGCGGGCACCGACGCGGACGCCCUCCUCCUCAACCAUAUAAAUUCACAUACGAUCUCAAAGCGCUUUAUCCCAGUAUUACAUGUUCAAAUAAGUUUAAAUGCACGAGGAACCAAAAGUAUCUUAUUGCGACCCAAUUAUUUUUAAGUUUCAUUUUAUAGAUGUUGUUGUCUAUGACCUUUGAUGGAUCAUUAAUUAGUGAGGUUACUGUAUGCCUACUACAAAUAAAUUGAAAAUGCUAAAGGAAACAUAAACAUACUAGAGAAAUACUAAGAAGUAGAUACAAUUUAUAGUUAUUACCCUCUGAACAUCUAUAUUGUCAAAAAUAAUGAGAUGCGACUGAUGCAUUGGGAAGAACGCAACAGACCACAAAGUCAACCGUUGUUCAUUUUCAAGUUAUACAGAAACUUUUCUAAUAAUAUUGAUCCUCUACUAUAAAUAGAAACAGUUAAAUUCUAGAUAAGAUUUAAAAUUUAUAGAUAAAAUCUUUGAAUCCUAAAAUUGAUAUUAAUGUUACUAAAUUAAAAAUAAACAUACAUAGGUAGAAAUCAAAUGCCAGAAAUUGCAACAGGACUACGAUGAUACAUUUUAAAUUUUAAUUUGCUACUUUAUUCGUUUGAGGUAGCGACUGCAAUGUAGGCAAAUAAAUACUAUCCUCUGUUAUAAAUAUAAAGUUAGUUUAAGUUAGAGCUUACUCGUACAGAUAAGAAAAAUUUCACUACAAAUAAAUUGUGCGGGCAUGAUUUAUUUUCCAUGCACCUAAUCUUGUCUCUAUCUCUUGUCUCUAACAGGUCUGCCAUGUAAACGCUUUAGGGCUUUUGAGGGCCAUCUCACUAUUUUGUUAAGCUUAUUUAUUGCAAACACUAUUUUAUUUCUUAACCGAGGAAAUUGUACAGAACGUAUUUUAAUAAGUGUAGUUAGAAAUAAUGCUUUAAAUAUUACCUAUAUCUUAGAAAGUGUAAGGAGUCUUUGGGCUGUGAGAAAGAAUACCAGCAGGUAUGCAUAAUUGUGGCGAGUCGAAAUGUUUUAUUUUAUUGAUUUUUAUUAACUUACAUUGUCUGUUUAUUGCAUAAAUCUAUUACAAUUUCUCUGUCCCGUGAGUCAGAUUGUAUGUAGUUGCAUGUUUGAACUACUUUGUCUACUGUCGGGACAGUGGAAUUGAAAUCCAUAUCCAAAUAUUAAUGUAAUUAUCUUAAUUCGUUGCGCAAAUAAUGGUGCCUAGUAAAUGCACUGUUAGAUACGUAUGUAAUCAAAUAGGGUUACUUUAGUCAUGAUUUCCGGCCUAAGGAAUACUGUUUCAAUGCGUCGGUAUUUUAGUGGCCAUAGACCCAUUAAUGUUCGUUUAUGUCUAUAGUUUUAUUCCUGUCACUAGGUGUAUCUAUAAGCUAAUUUCAACGCACAUUUAGAAACAGUGGUAAUAGACCGGAUUUGUAGGCCGGAUGCCGUUAGAUAACACUUAAUUAUCACAUAAAAAUACAAAUUAUGUUCACUUAACGCUUAGUUUCACUAAUAGACUAUCAUAGUUUUGCUCUGACAAUACGAAAUCGCAAAAUCUUGCACAAGUAUGUUAUAGUUUAAAGAGAUGCGUACUGAAUUACUGUUAUUGAAAUUAUGUCAUAAAGAGAUACAAGACUUAUCCACCGUGCGAAGGCAGAAGUGUGAGUUUUUAAUAAAAAAUAUUAAAAUUUA